AAUAUCAGUCUCAGUAAUGGGGUUAGGUUUUGCCCUUCGUGGAAUUGAGAAUGAGACCAAGAAGAAUACAAGUGAGAGUUUGCCCUCAGCUUCACAGGCUAACUAUACUAAGCGGACAAUAAUACAUUCCCCAAUUUUUGUAAAUAUAUUUCCAAAUUUUAAUGUUGAUAUUGCCAAACCAUUUAAGGGAGUACCUAGUAAUUCCAUAGAUGAGAGUGAUCAAUACCUAGUACCAAAGAUAGAUUCUCAAAUGGAUGCCUUUAGCGAUGAUGACGACGACUUUUCGAUAUUAGGAGGCAAUGGUAAUUCUAAUACAUCCAUUGAUGGAGGAGGCAUUGCAAGCGCAACCCAAGCUCCAAAACCGAUACCUGAAUUGGUUUCCAUGAAAGUUAUAGUAAAAUUGACCUCUAUCCUUAUAAACGAAGUAGAAUAUGCACUCCCUGCUCCAUUACGCUCGUCUUGUUUGGUACCAGGGGAACGUGAUCCAGAGACAAAUAUGAAAAGAGAAGAUUCAAUCUUAGUUUCAUUGAAGUCAGGGUAUUUAUUAUUAAUUAGAAUAUAUCUUGUUGCAAGACUGUCUACCGAUAAAUUCUAUGAACAACAAGAUCAUCCAAUCAAAUCUACUAAUCUAAUUUUCAAGCCUUACAUAGUCCAGUGGUGGGAUACAUCACAGGAGCAAAUGGCAGCAUCGAUAGAAUCAUCUGGUAGCUCAUUACACGCGCAUAGUUCUGGGCAUUCAGUGGUUUCUACAUCAGCUAGCAACGUGUUUCGUAUCUACAAUACUCACAUGACUGAAAAUGGCAUGGUUUUAGGACCGCACACAAAUGUACCUGUUGAAGGGGUUAUACUUCAUGCAUGCUUUUCUGAACCCUUGGCUGAUUGUGAAAUAGACACCCAUAAAAUGUUCCUUACGUUGGUUUUCACUGAUACGCGUAGGCUCGAGAUCAACUUAUAUGAAUGGAAUUCUCAUGAGCCUAUAACAGGAUGUUUACAGAAAAAGACUUUACCUUUGAACAAUAGUUUCACCAUCCCGAUCUUUAUCAUACCCUUGCGAAAUAAUGCUAGCUUUCUUUUUGUCUGUGAGCACGAACUUAUAAUUGUUUCUAUUCAUCAUAUUAUGUCAGUAGAAUAUGACUUUUAUCUGCAUCACAUAGACAUUUCCUUCCCAACCAGUUUUUACUGCCCACUUACAAGCAUACGCAAUGACGCUGCAGAGGAGAAAAUGGAUGAAAUACUUCUAGCGACGGAUAAUGGUACAAUAUAUUCGAUAACUGUGAGGAAAAAUGAAGAUAUACUGAUCAUUCCGGUGGCUCGAAUUUCUGACCCUGUAUCUGUAUUCGCAAUGGAACACAUCAAUUCAGAGGAAUAUUCUCUCAUAUUUGGCAGUGACACAGGAUCGAACCGAGAAGUACAUAUCAAUGAGCUAUUUACUGAAGAAUCUAUUGGAGACCUGCAACCUGAAAAGAAGAUACCUUAUAGCAGCACCAGGACAAUAAAUGAUUAUAAGAACUGGGCUCCAUUACUUGAUGCAGAGAUUAUUAAUUCUAUACGAAGUAGGAACAUCAAUAACUAUACAGACCAGGAGCUAUGGGCCCUUGCAGGGACGGGGAAACGAACAAGACUUAUGCAACUUAGGAGUGGGUACCUCGCACACAGAUUAAGUAAGACGUUUGCUGAUUUGAGAAAGGCCACUAACAUAUUCUUUCAUAAAACUCCAAAUAAUGAGUAUUAUUUCAUAUUAUCGUUUGCGUUUCAAACAAGAGUAUUUGAAUAUUUUGAUGACGCGGAAGACGAUGCCGAAGUUUUAGUUGAGGUGAAGGACAUCCAAUUACAACUUGAAGAUUCAACUCUUCAAUUUGGCUCUUUAUUGAACAAUACUAUUAUUCAAGUAACAGAGAAUUCGGUAUUUGUUUCCAAUUUGGUGGAUGAACCAAUAGGAACUUCAUUUGAUAGUAAAAGGAUUAUCUCUUCACACUUGUACUAUAACAAUUUACUACUUGUGUCAGAAGAUGACGAAUUAAAUUAUGUAAUCGAAGUGCUUCAGUUUGAUAUUAACUCGAUUCGAUUUGAUGAAGGAAUGGAUAUGCUAGAUAUAGCGAAUAUUGAUUUCCAAUUACUCUUAAAUUUUGAGCCAUCGAUGGCUAAGUUGAUUGAAAUCAAUGACACUCUCGUCCUUGUUAUUGGGAGCUUUGAUGGGAUUAUCAAAAUUUAUCUGCUUCAGCUGAAUCAAUUGGUUUCUGAAUUUUAUUUGAAUGCACAUAACCCUUACAAACAAGGGGACCUAAACCAACAAUUAACCAUCCCACAUGAUGUGCUAAUACGAAGUUCCAAGGGAACUUAUUAUUUGCUGAUAGGAUCCAAAGAUGGGUUUUAUAUUACUUUUAAGUUCGAAAGCAGCAUGGAAAAUCUAGUCUGUGAUCAAUUCCUCAAGAUAAGUGACACAUCAGUUUCGUUUCAAGACAUUGCAGGAGACGAAAUGUUGUUCUGCAUUCUCUCUCGGAAUCUUUGGCUAGUAAAUCUUUAUGAAUCAAAAUAUCCGGAGAAGGCAUUUUUCAGUGAGAAUACCGAUAAGGCUAUCGUCAACAUGGUUCAAAUUCAACCUGACGAUGCCGAGAGAGACCUACUGUCACUGUUGAAAUUCUUUGGAUUCCUCCGAGAAGAUGGAUUUAGUAUUGGAUCUGUCACAACUACCAGAUCAUCUAAUACCAAACAUGUGAAUAUUGGGGAGCCUGCAAGAAAGUUAAAAUUUCUUCCUUAUAUUUCAACAUUUGCUAUAUUGUGCAACUCAAAAAGUCCUCGAUCGAGACUAAAGUUUAUCGAUAGAAAACUGCUUAAAACUUUGUCACACAGAGAGUUCAAUAAGUAUAAAAGCACAGAUGGCGAAGCCAGCAUAAUCAAGGAAAGAGAAUUUCCAACUUCUAUUUGUAUUUGGUCUAUCAAGAGAAGUGACAAUAGAGUAUCAAAGAAAAUACUUGUUGGAUUUAGUACAGAAACUGGAAAAGGAUCUUUAAAGGUGUUGGAUAUUUCGUUAGAUGGGGAAGAAAGUGCAACAGAUAUUGUAGUGACAGAGCUCAACUCAUUUGAAUGGAAAGAGCCAAUAACUUGUAUUCAACAAAUAGAAUCAACUAUUUUCUUUUCUAGUGGAUCAACAUUGAAUACCACGAGCUAUAACAUUAGUGAAAGGCGACUAAAUCCUGUGAAUACACUUGCAUCUUUUUCUAGCCCGAUUGUAUCGCUUAAUGUAUAUGGGUCUGAAAUAUUGGUAACCACAAAGUCAGAUUCUGUGUUACAAUUUACUUACCAGAAGCAAAGUUUAGGACAAGAGAAAAUUCAAUUAAUCGCAAAGGAUCCAUCUCCCAAGAGUUUAGUAAAUGAAGCUCAAUUCGGAGAUCAAAUAGUAAUCGCUGAUAAGUUGCACUCAUCUAUUUUAUUAAUGGAUAAAAGAGAUGAUGUUUUACAAAACGUUUUUUCAUACAAAAUGUCAAGCAUUCCAAGAGUAUUUGCCGCCAGAUUUAGAAGUAUCUGGUCCGAAAAUGACCACCAGGAUGAGGGACUAGCCGUUGUUUGUAUUGGCGUCAACGGAACAGUAACAAUUUUACAAAAGGAAUCAGAUAGCCCUACAUCUACUGACGAAUUAAAUCUCCCGUUUGAAGAUAAAUUGAAUGGGAAGGGGUUAUUUUCUUUAUACAAGCCUUUCUUCAACUUUCGAGAGAACAGGGGCACAUUGAUCGAUUAUGAUUUAGAUGCUGUCGCCAAACUGGGCGCAGUGAAUGUAUUACUUUAGUAUUAAAACCUAUACAUAUGCAUCUAAAAUUAGUUUAAUUUUAUUAUAAAUAUACGGAAUUAUGAUAUAA